GAGCAGCGGCGUUGGGCGGUGGGCGUGGCAUUUAAAGGGCCGUGUGAGUGAUCUGUACGGUACGCAGUAUGGGCCAAUCAUCAUCCAGCAACGGCGGCUGCUCUUCACACCGCUGUAACAACGCUGCACUCGCGAGCUCCACACGAGCGCGCGUGCGAGUGUUUUGAGUGUUUUGUUCGCCGCAUACCGGUGACCGCUUAGACGAAAAUCCGAUGAAAACCAAAGAGCUGCAAUCUGUUCAGAAGUGCUGGCGGGGCGGUUAUAAAGAGGGGACGACUUUUGUGGAUGUGAGAGUACAUGAGCCGAAAAAACUUAUUUCAAACGCGAGUUCUUCCGGUAAUCCGCAUGCGACCGACAACUUGAUACUUCUGAAUCGGGACACUGACUCUGAGAGUUCCGUCUCAGGUCCCCAAAGCGGAGAGAAAGGAGUACGUGAGGAGAACCAUGAGUGUUGCGUCUCGCCGUGGGACAUGGAAAGAGUGUCAGAAGGAGGUGCCGUGACUCCAGGCAGAGUUUCGGAGGAAAAUGUGACCCAGUGCCUGAACACACCAGACUUUUUAGUAGACUUCAGUUGUUCGUCUCCGUUAGCAAACCAUCAAAUGACCAAAAGUACGUUGCAACCCUCCGUAUCAGGUCGGCUGGGUGGAGAAGUGGAGCAACACGCCUCAAACCCGUUCCCUAGGAUUAUUCCCAAACUAAUAGUCACCCAUGAUGAUUUAGGACCCGGUCAGGACAGUCCGCACAUCAGUGAUUUGACUUUAAGCAUGGGCGGCUUUUCACUGGACCUGCAUCCCGACGAGGACUCGCCCUGCUCGGACAGCGGCUGCGGAGGCUCCCCUGCGCCCUCUCUGUUCCACAGGAAACUGUCCAGCUCCUCCUCUGCUGGAUUAUCCUCUGCCUCGUCGUUUGAGGAAUCGGAGGAUGAUUUCACGGGCAGUGACAUUGAGCCCACCAGUCUGUCCCCCAGCAUGAUCGGCAGUCCUGGUGAACUGACAGGGGCUAAAUCGUGGAGGAAGUUAAAGACCAUGGUGCAUUGCUCUCCAUUUGUGGUUUCAUUUAAGAAACUAUAUCCUUGGGUUCAGCUCGCAGGCCACGCAGAUAAUUUCCAGGCAGGCGAGUAUGGGAAACUGUUGAAAAAGUAUUGUGAAUGUGAGCAGCAGUGUCUGGAGAAGCUGAUGAAUGACAACCUCCGGCCGUUUGUACCUGGUUACUAUGGUAUUGUGCAGCAGAACGACCAUGAUUACAACCUAAUGGAUGAUCUGCUGACCGACUUCGACUCCCCUUCAAUCAUGGAUUGCAAGAUGGGAAGCAGGACAUACCUGGAAGAAGAGCUGGUAAAGGCCCGUGAACGUCCUCGUCUUAGGAAGGACAUGUAUGAAAAAAUGGUGGCUGUGGAUCCAGGAGCGCCCAGUCCAGAGGAAAGAGCCCAGCAGGCGGUUCUCAAACCUCGAUACAUGCAGUGGAGGGAGACACUGAGCUCAACCACCACUCUUGGCUUCCGCAUAGAGGGCAUCAAGAAAGCAGAUGGCACAUGCAACACCAGCUUUAAAAAAACCAAACAUAAGGAGCAGGUGAUGGAGGCCUUGAGUGACUUUGUGGAUGGAAACACACAGUUACUGAGGAAUUAUCUACAGAGGCUGGAGGAGUUGUGCAGCGCUCUAGAGACGUCAGAGUUCUUCAGGACACAUGAGGUGGUUGGGAGUUCUUUGCUAUUCGUGCAUGAUGCUUCAGGCCUGGCCCGAGUAUGGAUGAUUGACUUUGGUAAAACCGUCCCACUGCCACCACCCCAAACCCUGGACCACCGCACGCCCUGGGCCGAGGGAAACCGGGAGGACGGCUACCUGUGGGGUCUGGACAACCUCAUUCAGAUCUUUGGAGACAUGCUGCAGGACGCGACCUCACCCUGAUGGAUGCACAGAAUGUGCCUGAGCCCGAAGCAUCACGUGUAGGGACACGUUGAUGGAGGGAGGCGCACAACAGGAUAUUAGUCCUGAGAUGAGUGUGCUCUUGUGCUGUCGGAGAGAUAAAAAGCGAACAAAACAUGAGUGGAAAAACUCGAGCACAUUUUGUCGACAAGCUCACGUCCUUCAUUCUUUUUUUUGCACGUGUGGUCCUGCAGAUCCACAGAAGCUCCACCACAGUCAAAAGACACAGAUACUGAACCCAAACAGACUAGAGGAGCAACAGAUGAGAAGAAACUAUAAUUUUAAGGGCGCACAGCCGUGAUUAUUCUUUUAAGAAUUUAUGCUACGUUCAAUUGUUUUUUUUGGGGGGGGGUUACCUACAAAAAUGAUAACACUAUCAAACUGGAAUGUGCUUUUUGUUUCGUUUUCCUUGUAAAUUUUUCUUUGGGUUUCCAUGGUUAUGUAAAUAGUGCUAAUUUAAUUAAGGUUUUUUAAUUAAUUUUGUUUUAUUUCUGUAGUCUAUACCUCAUUUAUUUCUGAAAGGUGGUCUAAGUGCCAAACUACAGGUUGACUGACGCUUUUUUAUUUCCUGUGGUCGUCUAAUCUUGAUGACACAUGCGGUGUAUGAUAUUUCCAUGACUCUCUCUUCCAAAACGGAUUGGCGUUUGUCAGAAAUAAGGUAGUAGAGUCAACUUAACUAACUGCCCAAGACAAUGAGGAUAGUUAAACCCUACCAAGAUUGUAUUUUAUUGAUGAGAAAUAGAUGCAGUGCUUCUUAAAACUAGCCUUGGUUACAUAGACACACAAGCUAACAGGUAUAAUUGAUAGACAUAUACACUUGUUGCUGGAACAGCUUGUUCACACUUAGUUCAUUUGUUUUUAAGGUAACCAAUCAGUGACUGGCCUGUUUGCAGUGUUCGCCAUAUGGUUUGGUUUCUAGGUUAGCCAGAUGCAUGCAAAUUUAGAUUAAGUUUGAGAGGUUAUCCAUCUUUAUGUGGACCAACGACUAUUAAACUGAUUUUUUUUGGUGAGUUUUGUGAGCUUUUGUGUUGGUACACGCAGCAGAAUGACCUCCAACCUCAGCUCUUUCCACACCAUAGCAAGCACUGUGGAGUUCCGCUUCAUAGUGAUCAUAGCUUAUUUGCAUGAAGAACAAAUCUGAUGGUUAAUCUCUCAACUGUGGUGGAAAAUGUAUUUUGGUGUGCAUGAGCAGAUUGUAAGUGUUAGGGCCACUGAUGUCAUCUCACUGCUGAUACGCAGUAGUUCUCAAAUUAGGUGCUGUGGUCAGCUUUAAAAAAAGACGAACAAAACAUUUUCCCAUCGUCACUUCAUGUUUGCUUGAGGUUGUAACUCUGAAAUACUCAAUUUCAGAUAUAGCCAUGAAAAGAUAAUAUCCUCUUGCACAAUAUCACAACCAUUUUAUUAAAGUGAUUACCUCACCUGGAUACUUUUUGUUGACGUUAGUUUACAAAACAUGGUUCUACCACUGUGUGUGUUUUUUUUGUAUCUUACAGCUUUAGAGAUUGUAUUUUCUGUCUUGAGCGGACCUGCACACUGUCUGUUGGUGUGUCUGUCAACGUUCCAACACAACAUUCCAACCGUCAGUAUUUCCCCAUCUGACUCUGGAAACAGUGAACUAAAUGUCUCACACAUUCUUUUGGAGAUCCACUGCAUUGUU